AUGCCACUCCUCGAUCCGAGUCGCUCUGCUAUCGCCGACGCCCACGACGGCAAUCCUCAUCAGGACGGACAGCAUCACAGAUCUCGAGAUAGCUACAGUAGCAUAGAAACCUUGACUCACUCGCCAAAGCCACUACAGAACGCUAGCAGAUCCUCCUCAAGUGGGUUUUCGACCGCUUCCUCUUCUGGGCAUUCCACCCCUCACGAACGAGCCCCAAUCAUUGCGGGUACGCCGCCGCGGAAUUAUCAUUCGACGGAGAAUGUGAACGACCACCCCUUUGCCUUGGAUGGUCAACGUCAGGAAUCUCCGCAAAGAGUUCAAAUUCAACGUUCUAAAUCCCCGGCCGACUCGAUGGGGAGUCACAUGGCCUUUGGCGAGAGGCUUCCGUGGUAUAAGCGGGUCGUAGAAAAAUAUGGCAGCUUGGAACUGGAUAAUAAAGGCAGCGUUGCAAGAGACCACCUUGCCCUGGAACGGACGUUUCUCGCCUGGCUUCGCACAUCUCUUGCCUUCGCAUCAAUAGGCAUCGCCAUCACCCAACUCUUCCGCCUUAACACAUCCAUCCUACAACAGUCACCUACCUCCUCCAAACACCACCCACCUCCCGUUAUAUCAGACGAGUACAAAUCCAACAUCUACAAGUCCUUCAGUGAUGCAGACGAAGGCCAGCGGCUCCGUAGGAUGGGGAAGCCUCUCGGUGCCACUUUUAUCGGUGUGGCAAUUGUCGUCCUAAUAAUCGGUUUUCACAGAUAUUUCCAAGGCCAGUAUUGGGUGGUGCGUGGGAAGUUUCCCGCAAGUCGAGGAAGUGUGGCGAUCAUUGCGUUCAUUGCGGGUGCUUUGAUGGUUAGUAGUCUUGUGGUGAUUUUGGCUAUUGCGCCCGGGGCGGUUGAAGCUUGA